UGAAACUUUAUUAUAUGGAGGAGGAAGUAAUUUUUUUUUGCAAUUUCAAAAAACAAAAUUCAAAUGUAGCAGAACAUAUGUAUUAUUCUUGAAAAUUAAAAGCCGAAAGAAAUUUGACAAAAUUUCAAAAAUUUGCUUACAAUUUUCAAGGAUAAAUAUAUAUAUAUAUGUAUACUUAUAUGAAUAAGAGAGGGUGGGAUUUCCAUUUCCCACCUCCACAAUGCAGUGAAUUAACCCCACAACAAAGAUGUGAUUAUUGACUUUUUAGAACGAAAUAACGAACAGUAGUAGAGUUAAUCAGAAAGGCUUAAAAAUGGGUUUAUUUGAUCGUCUAGCCAAUCUUUUAGGACUGAGAAGAAAAGAAGUAAACGUUUUGGUUGUUGGACUAAAUAACAGUGGUAAGUCAACGGUCAUAAAUCAUUUCAAACGCGAGGAAGACCGUUGCAUAGACAUAGUACCCACUGUCGGGUUUAAUGUCGAAAAAUUCGCAUUUAAAAAUGUUAGUUUUACGGCAUUCGAUAUGUCUGGUCAUGAUCGGUAUAGAUCUCUGUGGGAACACUAUUAUAAAGAUUGUCAUGGAAUAAUAUUUUUAAUAGAUAGCACUGAUAAAUUAAGGUUGGUAGUCGUAAAAGAAGAAUUGGAUAUGUUGCUUCAGCAUCCAGACGUUGAAGGUCGAAAAAUCCCAAUACUCUUUUUAGCCAAUAAAAUGGAUUUACCAGAUUCUCUUACAACAGUAAAACUUGUUUCUGGACUUGGUUUAGAAAAAAUUCACAAUAAACCAUGGCACAUAAGAGCUACAAAUGCAGUUACUGGAGAAGGAUUACAACCAGCGAUAGAAUGGCUAACUGAUCAAAUAAGAGAUAUUUAUAUCAAUAAGAGGUAGCCUUCCAUCGAUGAAUAUCAAAAUUAAUUUUUAAGGGAGUUAAUUUUGAAAAAAAAACUAUUCACUAUUUAAAAUGACAACAAUCUAUUGAGUGAGCACAAUAAUAAUUAAUACUGAGUUUAUAUAUAGAUUUAUAUUUUCAGUAUAUAUGUAUACACUGAAAUAAUCCGUCCAUUUACAAUCAUAAUAUAUAAUUAUGUAAAUAUACAGUCUUCUUGAAAUUCUGUAUUUAUGAUAUAUUGACACAGAAAUAUAAGUUACUUAUUUAUUUGUUUUUAA